AUGGACUCAUAUGAGUUAGAAAAACUUAUAAAAGAAAAAUUAGUUUUAUUUGAAUUUGAAGCAGAUGCUACUCAAUUGACUGCAUUGAUUUUAAAACUUGUUGAGAAGAAAAGAUUGGAUAAUCCCGAUGAAAAGGUAGCUCGGUUUUUUGAACCUUUCUUUAAAGAUCAAGCACUAGAAUUUGUAAAAUGUGUUAGUGAAGCUUUGAAAGUUGAUAGGAGUAAUGUUGUAGUUGAAAAUAAAUCAAUUGAUAAGAAGAAGGAUGUCAAUACUAAUCCAAUUAUUAAUAAUGUUAAUAAAUCCGGAGAAGAAAAUAACACUGGUAAUGUAACAGAUAAUGUUACUGAAAAAAAUGUUCCUAAUGUUAAAGAUAAUAUUUUAAGUAGAGUUAGUCGUCCAAAAAGAAAAGCACUGUCUGGAAGUAAAUCAGAAAGUACAGAUAAAGGUAAUGUUGAACCAGCUGAAAAAAUUGCUAAAAUUGAUUCAACAAUUGUCAAGUGCGACAGUACCGUAGAAUCAAACAACACAAUUAGGAGUGAAGAAACAGACUCAGGGAUGAAUUUACAAACAAAUUGUGAUGAAAAAAAAGACUUUCAAAAUAAAUCUUCAAAUGAUAGUGGAUCAACAGUUAAAAAAGAAAAACCAAAACGUCAACGUAUCGUCUUCGACAUAGAUUCUAGUUCUACUGUUGAGUCUGUUAACAAAAAUGAAAAUCACAAAAAAGUAGAUGAUAGUAAUCAUUCAAAUUUGCCAAAAUCAAAGACAUCUAGUAAUGAAGGACUUUGCAACAUAGCUAAACGUGCUCUUGGUGAUCUUGUUAAUUCAGAAAGAGUAGCACAACGUAAAGCAAGAUUUGGAGUUGAAAAAUCUAAUAAUAAAGAAGAGGAAAAAAGUAGAAAGCGUAAAAAUGAAGAACCAUCAAAUAGUAAAAAAGAGAAAAUAUAUCGUUUGAAGCCACCAAUUGAUAAAAAAGCAUAUGCUUCAGUUAAAUCAUCCUCAAAAGAAAAAACACACAACACUAGUAAUUUGGAAGUAAAUGAUGCAAAAAGAUUUUCUCCUGAUUGUACUACAAAAGUUGUUCUUAAGUCAGAUGAAUCAUCAUCUGAAGAAGAAGACACAAAUAUUGAUGAAAUUAUUAACAAUUAUUAUUCUAAAAAACCCAAUGAAGAAAAUAAUAAAGAUAAAAAAAAUGAAAUAGCGAUUGUAUCUCAAUCUGCUUUUACUCAACAUAUGAUUCCAAAUAAAGUAGGUACGAGAUGCCGUUUCUGGCCACAAUGUAGAAAUUCUGAUGAUGAUUGUCCAUUUAUACAUCCUGUAAAAAUUUGUACAAAAUUCCCUUAUUGUUAUUAUGGAGCUCAUUGUCUUUACAUUCAUCCCGUUUGUAAAUUUAAUGGAAAUUGUUUGAAUUUAAAUUGUAUUUAUACACAUAUUUCAAAUCAAACUCUGCCAUUGGAAGAGGAAAAAGAAGAUAAACAAAAAGAGGUUACUGAAUCUAAUGUAUGUAUUCAAUUAUCUGAAGAACCAAAAUUAAAUAUUCAUGGUGAAACUUUGAGUAUGAUACCAUGUUCUUUUGGUGGUAAAUGUAAAAAGCAAAUAUGUCCUUAUAAACAUCCUAAAUUGUGCCGUUUUGGAAGUGAAUGCAACAAUCUAUAUUGUACUUUCAGGCAUCUUGAUAAUCAAUCUCCUGAGAAAGCUUUGUUAUCAACGUCUGAUGCCAAAGAAGAAAAACAUAUACCUAAUGAUGAAAAAAUUGCAGAGGAAUCCUCUAAUAAUAUUUCUGUAGUUGAAGAUAAAUCUUUAAUAUAUAUAGAAGAGAAAUAA